UAUUACGAAAUUUUCCAACGAAUUAAAAUGGUAGUCAGUGGCUUUAUACAUGUUAUAUGUACUUUUCUGAUUUCUUUAGCUUUGGAUACAAACGCAUUUCUAAUAUCAAAUGUGAAGUUAUCACAAUCCAGAUCUGGUGUGGUACAGAUCGAAAAAGAUGGUCAAGUAGGAACGAUAUGCUCUGACGGUUUUACUUUAGAGGACGCUCGAGUAGUUUGUCGGGAAGCGGGAUUUGGACAAUCUGGAAUAGCUAUACCUACUCUGGAACAUAUAUAUGGACCAGGCACUGGUAAAAUUCACUAUAACGAAUUAGGAUGUAUUGGAAAUGAAACAACCUUAAGUAAUUGUAAACACAGAGAUUUCGUUGAUUGUGUACACACGGAAGACGUUGGUGUCAUUUGUGACGCAAAUGGAAUUCGUUUACAAUUGGAGAAUAAGGACCAUGGUAGACUGGACGUGACUAUAAAUGGUCAAACAGGAACUGUGUGUAACGAUUACUUCGACCUUAAUGCAGCCAAGGUCGUUUGUAGACAACUUGGACUUCCAUUCCAAAAUGCACAAUAUGCUAAGACCCGCCAUGUAUUAGGCUACAACGUGCCAAUAUUACUCGACGAUGUCCGGUGUUCUGGAACAGAAGACAAUAUAUUAAAAUGUAAAAUGCAAAUUAUUGGUAAAAAUGAUUGUUUGCACGAACAAGAUGUCAGCGUUUAUUGCUAUGCACCAGUAACAAUGACAGCUCCCACAACAACGACAUCUCCUACAACUACGACAGUGGCAGUUACUACGCCAAAAGGAGUACAAUCCUGUUUGGACGAUCAGCGUCUUAACUGCGAUAAAUCUUCAUGCAGCACUGGCUUAAAAACGUUUUGCCCAUUAACGUGUAAUCUUUGUAAUGUUACAACCCCUCCUCCUUGUAAGGAUAACCCAGUUGUCAAUUGUAAUCCUAAAGUGUGUACUGAUCUAGUGCUGAAAGACUACUGUAAGGCAACGUGUGGUAUCUGCGCAGGAGCUACAACAACAUGGAUUCAUGUUACAGCAGUUUCUCCUGUUGUUGGGUGAUGAUUAGCAUUGCAGGAAAAUUACACAUUAAAGUUGAAUAUUUAAAAACAGUCA